GAUGGUUCCUAAAAUGGCGGCGGUAUCUGUCAGUGUGGAGUGAAACUUUCUACAUUUUAGCGAUUAUUUCGGUCUUUUCGAAUACGUUCUGUCGAUUGCGGUCGUGUGUUUAAUAAAGUAAGAUUUAUCGGGAUAAAAAGGCCUGUGGCAGUGGUCGUUAGGGCCGAGCGCCGUCAUUCUGGGCUCCGUUUUUGAUCGUCAGACCGCUGGGCUUCCCUCGAAGUUGACGGUAGCUGACUGCCUGACAUUGCGAUCAUACCAACUGUUGUUGUCAUCAGAUCGCUAAACGCGGAACCGUCAGCUGAGACCGGACGUCGCCGAGUAGCUGGUUAGCUUAUCGAGUCGGCAGACUGAGUGAGGGCAGGUUGGAAAUCCCAAGGCCGUGUCAGCUGUCAGUGGAAACAGAGGUGGUGUUGGAUGUCACCAGGGCGUAGUGUCAAGCGGUCUUUGGUUUGCUAGCAUCGUCCAUCCUGGCAAAUCAAAUGGAGAAGCUCCAGGACCUGAGCCAAUUAGAGCUACAGGAGCUCCUGGACAACCCGGAGAGGGUGGAGUCUAUGGCUCUGGAGUCUGACGAGAUCCAGAACAUCCAGCUGGAGAGGGAGAUGGCGCUGGCAUCAAAUCGCAGCCUUGCUGAGCAAAACCUGGACAUGAAGCCUCGUCUAGAGUUGCAGAAGGAGGUGUUGAUGGAGAGAUACUCUCAACUAGAGGCCAUCAGAGAAACCUACAGACAACAUUGCUCCCUGAGAGAUGGGAUGGUGGGUCAGGUGUCUCCAGAGGCGUUGUUCUCCAGACUACAGGCAGAGGGCAGCAAAACAGAGGCAGAGUCAGAGGCUCUAGCUGAUGAGUUUCUGGAGGGCUCUCUGCCGUUGGACUCCUUCCUUGAUCGGUUCCUCUCCCUGCGCUCACUUGCUCACAAAAGACGGGUGCGGAUAGAGAAACUCCAGGAGAUCCUGCGACAGAGGAGUGGGGGCAAUCCCACCACCAUUACAUCAUCAGCAGGCAUCAGCCAGGACCCCAUCUCCACGCCCUUACCAUGGAAUCAACAGACAACAAUAGCGACGACGACAAAUCAGCAACAGCCGAACUCCAAACCUCAGUCCUCCAGUUACCAAAACGCCUCUCAGCAAGCCUCCUCAUCUGCAGUGUGCUCCUCCGGCCUCCCCUACAGCCCCUACCCUGUCUCCCAACCCAACCCCCUACCUGCAGCGGCAGCAGCAGGCUCCGGCCCAGCCAAUCCCCCCUCACAGUUCCCUCCAUACCCAGGUUCCGGCUCACCUUUCACCCCGGCAGGGAGCUACUCUGGCCCCAUGCCUGCUUUCGGGCCUCCAGCUUCAGCCACCUGCCCUUACCCGAGCCAGCCCUCCUUCCCUGCCCCACACCCAGGCUCAGCAUUUGGCCAGUACACCCCCAGCCACCCCCAGAGCGUCCCUGCGCCUUACCCAGCCUCCUACAGCUACGGCGGCUACAGCUACCCUGCCGGGCCACCCUAUUCCAAUUCUCAGUCACCAACGGGGAGACCCAUCUACAGACCAGGAUAUGGAGUUCCACAGCCGUACUCCUGAAAGCACUACUGCUCCUAUGUCUCAAUUCUUCUAAUAAAUUCUUCCCUUCUUUGCUGCCCCCUCACUCCCCAACCUAAUUCCUUGUCCUCCUCUUGUCUUUUUAACUUUUCUGCCCUCCCUCCUCUGUCUCCCAUGCUCCCAGAUUCAAGAGGUGUCUCACUUUACUCAUCUUUGUUGCACUAUUUCUCUCUUUCUCUAAAUUUCUCUCUCAGUCUAUUUAUCUCUAUGCCUUUCUAUCUUUCCCUUUCCCUUUCUCUGUCACCCUACGACCCACCAACUCUCAGGUUGUUGCGUUGUGUUUAAAUGUUAACACACUUGUAUCUGGUCCUUCAUACACUCGCUCUCUUCCCUUUCUCCAUCGAUCCCUUCUUCCUCCUCUUCCAUUUCAAGUGUGUGCAUGUUGCUAUUUGGCAAUCAGAAAGACCUUUAUAAACACACAAGUGCACUCCCCGUUAAGACAAAUACAUGUCAGAAAUGAGUCUUUGUAACAUCAAACAGUUUCCAGUAGCUGUGUGACAAGAAUCUGUCUGCUUCACAUUGUUAUUCAUGAGCACAGUCUGCACUGAGAAACAGCUCAUAACGGAAGAUUUAUGUCCUAGUUUCAUCAUCAUAGGGCUCAUAAAAUGCCGCUAAAAUGGAAAAGUGAAAUGCUGUCACACAGUAUGGCGUACAUACCUGGUUAAAAUUAUUAGCACCCAUGAAUUAUAAGUACAGAAUUUAGAAUAUUUUCAGAAAAAAAUGCAAAUUAACCAAUUUUGUAUAAUCAGUAUCUUUAAUAAAAUGUCCUGUUAUUGAAAAACAACAAAAAAUGCUUUCAUAUAGUGAAAUAGAAAGUAUGGAGUUAAAAUGUAGACUUGACACAAUUAUUGGCACCCUUUUGAUGAAUUUAAAUUAUUUCUUCAAACAAAUAAAAAAAAACAUAAAACUCAC